CCCCGCUGCCGUUGCCUCCUCCCUCCUCCCCCAUUAGAACAACGACAACGAAGACGAGAGGACAAACAUCGGCUGCGAGCCGCUCUCCUCCAUCCGUCGUGACGCCCAUCGCCUUCCCUCCCCCCCCCAGCAGCAGCAGCAGCCGCCGCCGCCUGCAUAGCGAUGCCGAAGAGAAAGUCUUCUGAAGGGGAAGUGGCAGAGCCUCGGAGACGCUCUGCCAGACUGUCCGCGAGGCCGUCUCCCCCCAAGCCAGAGCCCAAGCCAAAGAAGACACCCACCAAGCGAAAGUCAGCGGAGGCUUCUGAGGAGAACCGGGACAAUGAGGAGGUGGAGAGGAUGGAGGAGGAGGAUGCCGCUGCCGGCGACGCCCUGGGUUCCGACGAUGUGAGCACCUCCUCGGAGAAGGUGUCCGCAGAGACCGCCCCUGCGGAGAACGGAGAGAAGAACGGCGACGAGAUGAAAGCGAAGGAGGAGCAAGCGGCGAUUGAGAAGCCGGCCGAGAAGGAGCAGCUGGCCGCCACCGUCACCACCGCCGCCGCGCAGACGCCACCGGCCUCCCAGCCCAAAGUGUCCGCGCCGGACGCGGUGAAGCCCGCUCCGCCUCCUCCGGCCAGCGCCGCCUCGCAGGCCAAGCCCACGCUCCCCCCCAACGAGCCGCCGACGCCGGCGGCCCCCCCGGCGGUGCCGGCGAAAGCCACGCCCCUCGUCCCGCAGGCCCCGCCCACCGCCCCGCAGGCUCCGCCCGUCACGGCGCAGGCCCCGCCCCCGCCGGCCAAGGCGGCGGCGGCGGGGGGCGGCCCCCCCGCGGCGAACGCGGUGGCGGCGCCGCCUCCCUCGGCCCCCCCCGCCGCCCCCCCCGUCGCCGCCCCCCCCCGCCGCCCCGCAGGCGCCGACGCUGAUCCUGAAGGCGCCGCCUCCUCCGCUGCCGCAGCAGCAGCAGCAGGCCCCGCCGUCCGUGGUGGUGCAGGCCCCGGCCCCCGCGGCGCCGGCGGCCGUGGCCGUGCCGGGCUCCGGCCCGACAAUGGUGGCGAUGCCGGGCCCUCCGCCGACUUCGGAAGGAGGCGUCAUUAAGGCGGCCGAGUAAGAACGUCGAGACGACACCAUCGUCGACGCCGCCGCCGCCAUCGUCGACGACGCAGCCGUCGUCGUCGUCAUCGACGGCACCGCCACCUUCGAUGCCCGGCUACCGUUUAUUUUAAUCGUUUUCUCUCUCUCUCUCCCGUUUUGCGUGUGCGCGCGUGUGAGACAGAUAACAGCCAUUGGAUUUUUCUCUUGCAGCUGACGCCGAUUUGUGUUGAAUCACACUAGCUUCUUUGGAUAUAAUUUUUUGUUGUUGCGGCUAGUUGCAUACAGACUUCUCUCUGUUUAGAGCAUAACCGAUUUUUAGCACCUUUCCGAGAUAGAUUUUUAUGGGUACCUUUUACCGCUAGAAUAUUGGCAGCGUUCACGAUUUUUAUUUUUUAAACGUAGAUAAUUGAGAUUUUUUUUUUUUUAGGCUAUCUGUUUGGGAUUUUUGGUUUGAUUUUAGUUUUGGCUCACUUUGAUUUUGACCUGGAAAGGCACACAGGUGUAUGAUUAUUCUUGGGGGCGGGGGAAAACAUAAAAACGAAAGUCUUACCCCGAUGCUGAAAAUGCUUUUGUUUGGUAAUGUGUAGGGCGAGUGUAGGUACGGAUGGAAUCUGAUCAAGUCUAAUGUAUCUACAUGUGAUGUUGCCUUUCUCAGUAUUAUUUAAGAAAACUCCUAGUUAUUUAACUUUAUUUCCCUGUGAGAUGUGGCAACAAAAGCAUUAAAUGGCCACAUCACCUUGUUUUGCCCAUCUCAAAUAGUUGGCAUACAAUGAAACGAGUAAUAACUUUGCAGAAAAGCUAAAUAUUUUCGGAGGGGAGCAUUUUCUGUUGGUCAAAGUAUCCGCAAUUUUGUGUUGUAUUUUCCACUACAGAGCGGGGUACAUCACCGUGCGUCCAAGGCGUUGGGUGUCCAAUGCAGGUUGAGUGUUGGUGCAUAAUAGAUUAAUCUCUUUGGGGGGGGUGAGGGUGAGGGGGGAGGUGUCAAAGCCCCAUUCACAUGUGGGCUCAUCUUCAGGCCAAAUAGUUUGGGCAUUCCGACCUUUGUAAUCCCUGCAUUUGUAGCACAUUUUAAAAUGUUUUUAUGAGUACGAACCGGGGUAAAUUUUUUUACAGUGAGCAUCACGAAUUUUAAAGUAACGUUUGAGAAUUUACCAGACUUUAUAUAUUUUUUUAGCAACAUGAUACACUCGGUGGGGGUGGUGGCCGUUGGCUCGACGUGCGCAUGUGCAUUGGGCUGGAACCGCUACACACACACCCAGGUGGCACUGACCGUGAUACUCGACAAAUUCUCUGAACCUCGGGCCAUCGGUGCUUCCAUUCUGCGAUCAAAUUUCUUGACUCGCCGCUCGGAGAAACUCGGGCGCAUUCGGAACCAGUUGGUUGUCUCCACACUCUGCCUUUAUUAGGAAAGGCAAACUUGUGUAGUAAGUGGCAGGUCUUAAUUCUGUCAGAAUUAAAACGGCAGUCCGCGGAGUCAUCAACACCGUAUUUGUUUUCUAAAUGUUUCAAUUGGAAUGGUCCAAUGGGCAGAGUUAAACAUGUUUCUGUUUAAAGUUUUUUUGAAGGCGUGAUGACGACCUGCGAUUUGAACAAUUGGAUGCGCCUCCGAUUAUCACUGUCGGCUACGUACGAUGCGAAAGAAUUUCAACGUGCUCACGCGACUGGGAGCAUCUUAGUUCUUGAGUAAAUGUUAUGGACGGAGCUGAACGGAAGGGGGAGGCCAUGAUUGCCCAACAACUUUGAGAGAGGCAAACGGAGCGUUAGCGAGGUGGUGGAACCGGACCUUGCGUGUGGCGUCCAUGCAACUCGUCCAGAUGAAUUAUACUAUCGGUCGGUGAAGUCUACGGGUGCAGUGCAUGCGUUGUUCUGUGUAAGCGGCUUGCGUGCAGCGGUGUCCUUCGCUGCGGUGUCAGCACGUGUUGCGUAAAGGUACCCACGGUGUAAGAGGAAGGUCCACGUAAAAUUAAGUCGACUUAAAAAAAAAAAUUAACCGUGUAGAGCCAGACCGAACUGUUAGCUGUUUUCCAGAGGUGAUCUUUCCACGCGUGAUAUCUUCCAAGUGGGGCUUAUCAUCAUGAUCAUCAUCACACGUGAGAAAUUAUAUUAGCAGCCAAAUAAUUUAAGUUUGAAAUGCGAAGGGGCAAGACCGUUGUAGAAAAAUCCACGCGAACGCUGAGAGGUCGCACGAACGCCAAAUACAAAGGACACUUGGGUUGGGGUCGAAUCCACGACUUCCUGCGUACCAUAAUAAUAGGGUUUUUCCCCUUUUUGCGUACCAGUCGAGGGAGAUAACAGCUCCUCGCCACCACAGCGUUAAAAUGUUCAAUCCAAACCCAUAUGUGUUGACGUCCCGGGAAAAUAUUUAGUUUUUCUUUCAUUUUUCUCUUUAAUUGGCUGUUUUUUGAUGUUAGGUUCCUUCAGUACCACUCACCUUUCGUUGGAGUUGCCCACUGUUGAUAAAUGAAAGCAGAAGUGUAAGACUUUGUCGCUAAUUUUCUGAAAUUGUGCUUUUUUUUUAUUUGGGCUCUCACUUCCCAAGCACUCUUAAGCAUUUUUAUUUUUCAAAGCAAGUUUUUGUUUAUUUGAGUAAUAUUUAACGAGCAUAAUAAAAAAAACAUUGGCGCACGUGUCCCCACCUUUGUAAAACAAAGAAAUGAUUUCUACAUUUCCAUUUGUAGCAUGGCCAACGUGUUCUAUAAAACUAAAACUCUGAAGUUUUCCUUGUAAGAGAGAAGCGGCGGCGGCGGCGGCAGCAGCAGCAGCAUUAUCAGCGGGUGUCGGAGUGCGUACCGAGUUUGUCGUGGAGAUUUGCUCGGGGAAGGCUGGCAAACGAGCGCUUGUUUCCUUAUUAGUUGUUGUGCCACGGUCGUGUUUGCGUUGGUGCUUUAUGUUGCUGGGCUGCUGUGUGGGUUUUACAUUCCAGCUUGCGUUUGUUGUGGGGGGCCGUGUUGUGAGAUGCCGCCGCUGCCGCUGCUGUUGUUCAUAAAACGACGGAGCGAUGCCCGAUGAGUUUCUCACCGCCCGAUGCCAACGGGUUUGCCGUCGCCCAUUUCGCCUGCGUUAAACAUUGGCCUCUUUACUCCGUUAGGUUGCGCCAACGCGUCUGAAAUAAACGAAACUCCUCGGGAGCUUUUGCUUCAUUCAAGUUAAGUCGUUCGGUCGUUCGGCGUAAUCGCGUCGUUCGAGACGUUCGGUCGGGGCAUUGAAGCGUAGAGGUAAAUUUUUGAACGGAGUAAAAAAAAUAUAAACGUGAAAGCCGUUUUAAUGGGCUCGUUUGAAAGUUGAACGUAAAAAGCAAGCGUCCGAGCAAAUUCGGUUCAAAUAUUUGCGAUUUAAGCGAUAGCUACGGCGAGUGGUGACGUUGACUGCUGUCCGCGGUUUUUCGAUGGGCUCUUCUCUCUCAAGAGAGAGUUCUCUCUCUUGAGAACUCGGGCAUAAAGUUUAGGCUUUCGCUCGCUAUGGCCCAAAAACCAUCGACAGAUUAAAAGCAAUGCCCCCGAUUGCGCGUUGCGUACUCUGCCGCUCGCCACCGCUCAUUUUUGCAACCCCUCCUUCACCAGGGUUUGCGAGUCGAUUCGCGGUUGGCAAAAGUGGGAAUUUUUGACGUGCGCAGAAGUGCAUUUUGGAGCCGGCUGCAGUGGCGUGGCUGGAAAUUGGAAUUUGUCCCAAGCAAUGGCUGAUGCGAUUUUCUUUGGGUCUUUCGGUAAAGUCACGGAGAUAGGUUCAGGACGACCGCUUGUGUUACGAUCGAAACAUCGUAUAGCGUUUUUUUGUUCUUUUCUUUGAACCUAUUCUACGUGACUUUAUCGAAUGACCCAAAUGAUAUGAAUUCCUGCAGUCACGAAAGCUUUAAGUCAAGAUUUAAUGGCUAAUGCUGCUGUAGCAGAACUAAGGGCCCCAGAGCAUUGCAUUUCCCCCCCCUCCCUCUUAGCUCCACUUCUUUGUCUUAAUUUCCCACUCAAAAGCCCCAUUUUUUUUGUUUUUGUAACAAAUGCAAAUGUGUCAUUUUUGAUUUGGGAGGUAGAAUUUUUAUAUAUAAAAAUUUGGUUUAAGAAUUGUCUGUCCUGCAAACAUUGCUGCUUUUUUGUGCUGAAAUGUGUGCUCUGGACUGUGCUGUCAAAUAGUUGUGUUUGGUCUGCAUUUCCUUGAUUUGGUGCGUUGUACCUUGUUGUUGUUGUACCAUGGCUUCCGCGUUGUAUGUUAGGCCGAGCUUCUCCGCUCUGUGCUUUUGUCCGGUGGGGUGAAUGGGGUGCGUGGGGUGGUUGGGACACGUUUCCAUUCGAAAUGGCCUCUGAAUUUAGGAGUUUUGGGUUAUCCGUGGAAUUAUUUGUUUGCGUGUGGGAGUUUUUCUUUUCUUCCGUUCUCCCUUCCUGCAACGAAUUCGACCAGGUUCUCAGUGGUGAGCUAUGGAUAAAAAAAAGCGGAAAUAGCAUCAAUGUUUCGUGUUGUGGAAAUAUUAAAUGUGUGUGUGCGCGCGCGUUUGUGUUUUUAGUUUGGCAGGGCGACAACAAAAAAAUCGAUCUCUAUAUCACUACGUGGAGGUGUUAACGUGUUGUGACAGGUAUGGUGGGAGGAGGAGGAGGGGGGUUGGUGCAGUGGCUGCUGUUGCGAUUCUCAUAUCUCGUGACCAGGUCAGAGGACCCCACGCUGAUGAGGGGAGUGGCAAUGGGCCGCCACUUGUUUUGAACCGCGAGGGGUGUUUGCCAUCGGCUGGCACGCCCGUCCGUCACAACGUGGAGCGGAGAGAAGUGACGUUUCCAACCAAACGCCCGUGACCUCGUGCACGUUAGGACCCCAUCCCCCCCCUCCCCAGCGUUAGCGGGACUUAAUGAUGUUGGCGGCUCAUUUAAAUUCUGUAAAAACAACAGGCCAUUGGCUGCAGUGCUCUUUUAUUGGUACUUAUGUAAAAAGGAGAAAAAUCCACAGCAAAUUCGGUUGAAAUAUUUGCGAUUUAAGCGGUAAAUAGGGCGAGUUGGCUGCUGUCCGCGGUUUUUCUAUGGGCUCUUCUCUCUCUUGAGAGAACUUUAUGCCCGAGUUCAGUUCUCUCUCUCACGAGAGAGAACUCGGGCAUAAAGUUUAGGCUUUUGCUCGCCCCCCGUUCAUCACUGGGGGGGGGGGGGGGGGUGGGGUCAACGUAUGGCCCAAAAGCCAUCGACAGAUAAAAAUCAACGCCCCCGAUUGCGCGUUGCGUACUCUGCCGCUCGCCACCGCUCAUUUUUGUAACCCCUCCUCCCUCCCCCACCAGGGUUUGCGAGUCGAUUCGCGGUUGGCAAAAGUGGGAAUAUUUGUUUUGUUUUUUCUCUUCCCGCCCUACCCAUCUCGCUCGCUCGCUCUCCCACCAGGCGUUUGGCCUAGCAUGAUCUCCGCACGGUUGGGGUGGGGGUGGUGGUGGUUGCAGGUUUAUUUGUGCAGGUAUUUCCAAGGCCGUUUUCAGAUGCAUACAUACGUGGUUGUUUUUUUAAUUUUUUUCCCCAUUGCAGUAGGUUUCCUAUGCCUCGGUGGGUGGGUUACCAGGGCAUCUGGUGCAAGUUUAAAAAUAAAAAAAAACAUCAGGUUCAUUUGUACACAGUUUUUACAAGAUUUAAAAAAUAACAUUUCAAACAGGAAGGGGGUGGGUAGAUCUUUUAUAAUCACAAAAUAGCAAAAAAAAAGACAACAUGCAACCGUGUGUGUUUUUGAUCACAAAAUAUUUUCCAUGUCAUUACAAUUUUGACUGUAUUGUCUUGUGGUAGAGUAAUAAUAUUACAUAGGCAGUUUGGAUUGUAUAAAUAAGAAGAUAAAUGAUCUAUACGUGUGUUCCUUUGCCUCGGGAUAAGUGUGUAUUUAAACAUGCAAAAUACCAGCUCAAAAGCAUUGCAAAAGAGUAGGUAGUGUAGUUUAAAGGCUUCGACAUUGAGCUAAGUUUAAUAAUGAAAUAAAAAAAUAGAGCAUUACUGUUUCGUCACUCUACAGUUUCAGAAUUGAGUGUUUGUAUUUUUAUACAACUUAGUCAUGCAGACAUCGCUGUUUUAUUAAAUUGUUUUUUUGUGAGUAAAUUGUAGUAAUAGGUAAUAAAAACAUGUUGAAAAUA